AUGUUUGUAGAGAAGAAUAUGUGCAACGCCGAGAAAUACGCUCAAAUGCUUCCGAUGUUUGGUAUCGGAAAGAACAGUUCGGACAGUUAUUCAGUUCGAACACUAUCGGCCGAUGCGGCAUAUGAGAAUCAGUCGCUAGUCUGUGAGCAAAACACACCAGUAAUUCAGCCGAAUGCAGGUUCAAUUCUCAUCUACGACUGUCGCGCAUUUGCAAAUUCUAAUAAAAGUCUAAAAGAUAUUCGGGCAAGUUUUCGAUGCGAUGGUUAUCGUUAUGGUAAAACGCAUGGAACGAAAGCAUAUGGAUCAGCUGGAAAUAAAAUAAAACGAGCAUGUCGGUUUUUGUUUGGUGAAAGUGAAAUUGGAUGCAAAGAUUUCGCAAGAUAUGAAAUAACAUUAUGGGAUGAUGACUGCGGACUUGUAUUGUUUCAUUAUGUUGGAGAUGAUGAAAAGGCAAGACAAGUGGAUCGUCAUAAAUCAGAUCAGGAACUUCAGUUUGCUGUUCGUGAAUAUGUUAAAAAUCAACCAGCAAGUAUCUCUUCAUUCCGAUAUUCGUCCCCAACUCAGCUUAGAGUUUCCAUCGCUGCGAAUGAGCCGAGAACAUAUGAAGAAUUUUUAUCUGAUUUCCAAAAAAUGAAAACCGUAUUGCGUCAUCAUGAACGACGAAUUCGCCUUUUAGAAGAUGAAUUAGCUGAUAGAAAAUUGGUUGACACUUAUAAUUGUUGA